AUGUCUUCGUUAUUUUGGAAUAUUAGAGGCAUAAAUAAAAGGUAUAAGCAGAAGGAGUUAAAAAAGUAUCUAGGGAAUAAGAGGAUCAGGCUAGCUGGUUUGAUUGAAACUAGAGUUAAAGAUCACAACAAGGCAAGGGUAUUGAAUAACAUAGUCCCAGGUUGGAAAGCUUUAAACAAUUACCAACAGGCUGACAAUGGGAGGAAUUUGUUUGUAUGGGAUCCAAGUUGGUUAUUUGGUAAUCCUGUCAGUUUGCAAGAGGUCCAAGAUUUUUACAAUGCCUGCAUGCAGCACAUUGAUGUUUAUGAACACCCUUGGCAAGCGGACUACUACAUAUGGUCUAAUAAGCAACAAGGUCCUGAGCGAAUUACUAGUAGAACUAAUAGAUCCUUUGGCAACAGUGAGUGGAUGCUUAAAUGGGGUCAAGUUGUCACAUUAUAUGACCUUCCAUUUAUAUCUGACCAUGCCCCCAUGUUAAUUACUUUACAGCAGCAAUUCAGUCAUAGACAUGCGUCUUUCAAUUUCUUUAAUGUUUGGGUAGAUCAUGAUUCCUUUCUCCCAUUAGUUAAGGAUAAAUGGAAAGAGGAGAGAGCGAAAAAUCAUAUGCAGAAUGUAUGGAUGAAAUUGAAGUCCUUACAGCCUGCAUCCAAAGUUCUCAAUAACCAGGAAUUCAAGUUUAUAAGACUCAAGAUUGACAAGACUAGAGAAGAGUUGUUGCAUCUGCAAGAAGAAAUAGCCCAUCACCCAACUGACACCUUGAUUCAGCAGGAGAAACAAGCUCUACUUAAUUUGGAGAAAUGGUCCUUGAUAGAGGAAAGUGCUUUUAAACAAAAGUCAAGAGUUAAAUGGGUGAAACUAGGGGAUUCAAACAACAAGUAUUUCUUUGAUGUCUGUAAAGAAAGGAGUCACAGGAGUCAAAUACUAGAAAUUACAUCCUUGGCUGGUAUCAAGUUAUAUGAUCCUCAGAAAAUCAAGGAGGAGUUUAUUUUGUUCUACGGGGAUCGAUGGGUUCCUCGGCAAUUUGUCUACUGCCGGUGUGCAAACAAACUUUGA